GCAGUUAUCAUAUCACAGCCAUUAUCUGGACAUCUCGAGUUAAUCCGUAUCUACCUAAUUGAGCUACCAAAACCCGUUUUUAGGUCAUUAAUCUGAAUUUAAUUUAGGUCAUUGGACUUCCGGCCAUUUCAGGAGCGCGUUAGCUCAGCUGCAGCUAACGGUUGUAGUUAUUUAUUUAUUUAUUUAUUUAACAGUAGCAGAGUUGAGAGUUUGUCAGACAACGUGUACGUUUUGUCAUAAGACUGUAUAUACAUCUCCUCCCAAAUGCUUUAAGGAUAUUAAAGCCUAGCUUACGUUUUAGGCAACAACAACAACAACAACAACAACAACAAAAUCGUUCGCCAGCACGUCCGGUUCUCUUUUUUCAAAAUAAGAGGGCGAGUUAACAUCCCGUUUGAAUGACUCGAAGAGAAUGAAGAGCAAGGGAUUGCCUGGUAAUGAUCUUCCAGUCCACUAUCUACGCCUCCUGGCCCCGCCCUUGCAGCUUUUAUCAGCUGCAGUGUGGCAAGUAGUGCAGCAGGGACUUGUGGACCACUAUGGGAUGCUGGAGGAGUUUGUUACCAUGGUGACAGAGCUGGUCCCAGAGCUGAUGAGCUACAGUCAGAGGGCUCAGCUCAUCCUGGGACUGAGGGCCAGGCUUGUUCUGGAGAUGUGUCGAGGUGAGAACCCAGUGGACAUGCAGACCAUUCAACCACAUCUGGACAGAAUUAAAGCUCCUGUCAGUACUGCCAAGGAUCACCAUGUAACCAUUAACCAGGUGGAGGAAUCGGAGGUGAACUUUGUGGAGUUGGUGCAUUCUUUACUGGAGGAUGACUCUGAAAGAAAAUACUUUUUCCAGGAAAUCUUCCCUGUAUAUUUUGGCCCAAAGUAUGAAGCAGCUCUCGAGAUGCUGGUGUGGGAGUUCAUAUCAAGACUGGAGGAGCUGCUGCCAGUUCCAGACUUCACACAGUUGGCAGCUUUGCUCGGAGACGCUCCGUCAUUCCUAGACGACUGUUUACAAUCCGUUUUCCCGCCAGACGACAUGAAGGCUGUACUUGAACACCACAGAAACCUCGGCCAUUUUGAAGAGAAAGAUCCUAGAUUAUUACCCAUGGAUGACUGCAUCCUCUCCUCCCUGUCUCUGCCUCCUGGGACCAAACCUGUCACAAACGCCACCUCACCUGCUCUCAAAGAUUCAAACCCUCCAGAGCACAAAGGAGCCUUCAACACAAGCAGCCUGGAGAGGGCCGGCAGGAGGAGCUCUGAGACAGCGAGACGGAAGGAGACGAGGGACUCGGGCAGUUGGCAGCUGCAAGUUAGAGGUGGGAACAUUUCUCAGGAGAGGAAUGCGCAAAACUCAAUUAGUACACAACCAUGUGAUGAAACCAUAGACCUCACUAUGUCUAAUGAGACUGCGGACACAGAUUCAGCAGCCGAUGACAACAGCCAAAGCUUGAGAGGAGGGCGGGUUCUCAGGAAGAGGAAGUUGAGCGGAGGUGUGGACAUUCCUCCAAAACAGCCUGCUGAGGCGACAGCUUUCUUGGAUUCGUCAAUGGAGGAAGAGAAUUCAGGUGAAUCUCCUCUAAUCUCGAUAUGGGGAGAAUAUACAGACCCUCAGGAAGGUUCUUUUCCAGUUGUAACAGACACAAAGGUUCCUUGGUCGGACGACGAGACGCUCAAUCUGCUCGACAUCUGGGGGAAGGACUCGGUGCAGCGGGCUUUGAAGGGCUGCUUGAAGAACCGUCACAUAUUCACACAGAUCGCACAGAAGAUGGCAGAGAGAGGCUACAUGAGAACCGUGGAACAGUGCCAGACCAGGGUCAAACGACUGAAGAAAUGCUUUCGCCAGAACAACAAAGGGAACUCCAGGCUGGAGUAUAAAUUUUAUGAGCAGCUGAAGCGGGUACUCGGCUCCUCAGCUCCCUCCACUGUUCCUGAGGUCACCUAUGACGUAGAAGAGGUCAUCGAUGAAGACGAGUCCCAAGACGGCGACGAGGACUGGCAGUUUCUCGGCCAUACGAGCCGACUGGAAAUCGGAACUAGAAGCGUUCCGUGGACCGACUUGGAGACGCUGGCCCUUAUCAACACGUGGGGUGAAGACAAGAUGCAGCAGGAACUGAGAGGAUUCCACAGAACCGGACACAUGUUCUCCAUCAUAUCCAACAAGAUGGCCGCCCAGGGCUUCUCCCGAACACCAGAGCAGUGCCAAACAAGACUGAAAAGGCUGAAAUCAAGUUUCAGGCAAUGCUACCAAAACAACAUGAAGGGACAGGAACAAGUUGUGUGCAAGUUUUACAAUGAACUGGGAAGAAUUUUAGUGAAGGACUUCCCUAUAGUGCCGCAAGUGGAUGAAACGCCAGGAGAGCCCGAAGAUGACUUCACCUCCUUCUCCCAUCAGGAUAUCGAGUCUGCUGUGGGCGUUCAGGAAGACAGGAAGAAAGUCCCCUGGUCGGACAAAGAGACCAUCAUCCUUCUGGAGAUCUGGGGAGACCCACAGGUCCAGGAGUGCAUGAGACGCUACCCACACAACGGUCACAUUUUUACCGAAAUAUCAGAGAGACUUGGCGCCAACGGCUACUCCCGCAGCGCCGAGCAGUGCCACACCAGGAUCAAACGGCUGAAAGCCAACUAUCGGCAGUGUCAGGAAAACAUGAGCUCAUCUGGGACCGACAGAGUCGACUUUAAAUUCUAUGAUCUGCUGGAACAAAUCCUGGACAAGCAGCCGUCAACAUCUUCCAUCCUUGUGACAGACUCCAUCGAAAUAUCCGAAGACUCAAAUGGUGAAUCAGUGACUGAAAUAGAUGGAGAAAUCAGCAUGUCAACAGAAAAACCAGCACCUAGCUUGUGGUCAGAUGAGGAGACCCUGGCGCUUAUCGAGAUCUGGGGCGACGAAGACGUUCAGAGGGCGCUUAGGGGUUCCGUCCACAACGGACACGUUUACGCCGACAUUUCAGAGAGAAUUCAAGACCUCGGCUACUCGAAAACCUCGGAGCAGUGCCGCUGGAAAGUGAAGUCACUGAGGAACAACUUUCGACAGUGCUACGAUAAGAAGAAGUGUGGAAGAAGAGUAGAUUAUAGAUUCUACAAGCCGCUGGAACAAAUACUUGGACAGGAGGCGGUUUCUAUUGAUGAGUAUGAUGAAAGAGACGAGCAGCCGGACCAGGAUCCAGUAGGUCCAGAUGGUGUGAACACAGCGUGGACAGAACAGGAGACGGUUACUCUCGUCGAGGUGUGGGCCGCAGACGACGUGCAGCACAGCCUGAAAACCUGCGUCCGCAACGGGCACAUAUUCGCAGACAUAUCUGAGAAAAUGACCGCCAUGGGAUACCCGAAGACGGCGGAGCAGUGCCACUCCCGGAUCAAAAGGUUGAAGAAGACUUACAGGCGCUACUGCAACACCCAGAGGAACGGAGGGCGGCCUGCUGCGUUUAGAUACUUCCACCUCCUGGCUCCGGUGCUCGGUGAUAACUCUUUGUACGUUGAUGUGGACAGUACCGCUGCUGACGCCAACGAGCAACCCCUAAUGGACAAGGACCCUGACAUGUACGAGCAGCCCUCAGCCAGCCACCCCCAGGCCGACCUCAGCAGAAAGAUGCCCUGGUCGGACCAGGAGACUCGCACCCUGCUGGAGAUCUGGGGCGAAGACUCUGUCCAGCUCACCCUGAGGGGCUGCCUGAAGAACCGCCACGUGUUUAAGUACAUCUCUGAGAAGAUGAGUGACCAAGGAUUCAUCAGGACCUCAGAGCAGUGCUACUCCCGCAUUAAGCGCCUUAAACAUGGCUUCCUCCAUGAAAAGGAGGAAUUCAAAUUUUUCAGCGAGAUGGAUGAAAUCUUCAGGAGGGAGCUGAAAGUGGACGUCACAGUCGCAGACACGUCGGUCACAGAUGAGCCGGAGGACUACACGCUAGGGCCUGCUCAAAAGAAAGGUACCCAGUGGAUGGCUGACAGCACCAAGCUGCCCUGGAGCGACGGGGAGACCGAGGCCCUCCUGGACAUAUGGGGGAGCGAGGAGAUCCAGGAGACCUUGAAGGGCUGCACCAAGAACAAACACAUCUUCAUCCAGAUCUCUGAGGUCAUGGCUAGCCAGGGCUACCUGCGCACUCCUGAACAGUGUCAGACCAGGAUAAAGAGGCUGAGGGCCAAUUUCCGACACUUCCUCGAAGGCAGAAAAGGAGAGAAACAGGAAUGCAAGUUCUUUGACCAGCUGGUGCAGAUAUUUGGCAGCAAGUAUGUAAUAAACUCUGACCCUCUGGUCGACGAUACAGCCGAUGGCGUAGGUAAGGAGUCAUAUUGCCUCACUGUUGUCCAUCAUGUUAGCUUUAUGCAGUGGCUUUAUCAGCUGGAUAAUGCUUGUAGUGACCAGCAAGCUAGGACUUCACUUAAUCUUGCUGAGAGGUGGAUUUUGAUACCUUCAGACGGAGCCAGGCUAGCUGUUUUUCCUCUGUUUCAAGUUUUUUAUGCUAAGCUAAGCUAACUUGCUUCUGGCUCUAGCUAAAUUGUUAGCAUACAAGCUUUAAAGAGGUAUUCAUCUUAUCGUCUAAAGCAAAUAAGCAUAUUUCUUAAAAUGCCAAAACGAUUGUCUCCAUGACUUACUGUAAGUGUCUUAACUGUAAUGUCAUGUAGAGAUAAAUAAUCCAAAGAGUAAAUGUCUUGGGCUGCAACCAAUGAUUAUUGCCAUUAUUCAUUUAUCGACGAUGGUUAUUUGGUCCAUAAAAUGUCAGAAAAUAGUCAGUUUACUGUCAUAUUGGACUAAAUAAACCAGAAAAUAUUCACAUUGGCGAAGCUGAAAUCACAUUAUUUGGAUAUUUUUGUUCUUUAAAAAUGGUUCAAAACCAUGAAUCAAUUAUAAUAAUAGUUGGCAGUUAGGUUAAUAUUUGACAAAUGGUUGAUUUAUCUUUGCAGAUCCAUAAAUAUCACUAACUCAGGCAAUGUAAAUUCCUAUUUUUAAAGUGUUACAGUGGUUUGUAAGCUAUAUUCAUUAUUUAACAUCUAAAAUGAACUUUUUCUGAUACAGAGACCUGAAACUGUCCAUCAUCCACAGAGUGAACAAGAGGUUACAGCAACUGCAAACCAAGACCAGACCAAGGAACAUCCAGAAGAGAAAAAACAAGGGCAUUCAUACACGGAAGGUCUGUCCAGGCUCACUCAGAUCUAUGUUUGCCUCUGUAUAUACUUCAAAUACUUUUACAUUCUUCAUACACACAGACCAGGCUGUGUGUGUGGUGUGU